CGCGCUCCACCGCAUCCUCUUUUUUUUUCCCCUCUCUUCACUGUCGCACCGCGCCGCUGCCUUGGCGCACUCGCUUGUUCCGUUUCGUUUUCCAUGCCGCCCUCCAGCGCAGCUUCCGUUCGCUUCACUUUCCUGCCCUAAACACGUCCGCGCGAAGCUGCCCAUCGACAAUUAUCUCGCAGCGUUAGGAACGCCCGCUGCGCCAUGGAUAUCAAUUCUCUGCUGUCGCCGCAGGACUCGUCGCCCACAGAUACUCCUCCGUCUGUGAAUGCGCAGGUGUCGCUGUCGCUGCAAUCGCCUAGUCAACGUCCGAUUCGACAGCUGCCCUCGCGCACUCCAUCCGGCCUCAAUCAGCAAAUCACCUCAUCCCCACAGUAUCACGGCGACCAUCCGCGCUCUCCAUAUCACCCACCGCUCCCCGCUGCAUCUGCGCUCGCAUCACCCGGCCUUGCUAACUUCGUAAACGGCCGUGCUAUUCACAGUGCAACCAGCACGCCGUCAAUGGACUCACAACCUCCGCUGGGCUCACCGCAUGGCGCGCACAUGACUUCUCCCUAUCCCAUGCAACGUCAUCCGUCGACGCAAGGAAUGGAAACACUUGCAGACUUGGCCGCAAUGACGGCGAGACAGCCAUCGGUUUCACUGCGCGACCCGAGCCACUACGGACGGCCGAUUAGCAGCCUCAGCACCUCUCAUCUCCCUCACACUCCCGACAUGACCAUGGGUGAAGCCUCAACCAAGUCGCGAGUCUUCACAACCACGGCCCUUGAUGCCGACAACAUCGCUGCCCUUGAGAAACUCCAGGACCAGCUCAAUGCCAACCCUUUCGACUACUACAGUCAUGUCAGCUUCAUCACUAUCCUCCACCUGGGUCUGCAGGCCCACAUGUAUCCGGACCAAGAAUCGUACCAAGACCCGUACACAUACGAGCUUCUGACCAUCCUCCGUGAAGCAUACGACGAUAUGGAGAAGAAGUACGCGCUUGGAGAGCAGUUGUGGGAAUAUCGCAUCAGCGACGAGAAGGCUCUGGCUCGCAACACCGAAGAGCGUUUAGGCGUCAUCGAGUUGUGCAACAAGGCCGUCCAAGACGAACCGUACAGCGUCAAGCUGUGGGUCUUGUACGGCGAGUAUGUGGCCCAUCUGAUCGCUUGCUCACAUAACCCCGAUCCACCUGAGCAGUGGAGUGAUGAGGACAAGAUGCUAGGAAAGGAGAUGUUCACCACAGACUUGCUGUUGAGUACCUGGAUGCGAGGCGCCGACUUCGUCAAGUAUAACAUGGCCGACAGCCAUCUCGUCUGGGACCGUUACCUGGACGUUCUUCAAGACGAUCUCAAAAACAACUUUGAUGAGGAGAAAUCACGGAGGGUCCGUAACAUCUUCGACGAGCGACUCAAUCAGCCACACGCGACGUGGGAUACAACAUUCUCCAACUUCUCACAAUUUAACACAACUUAUAAUUCCCAGAACUACAUGGACAUCAUGGCGCGCGUUACCCAGACCACAAAGAACGUCAAAACCCAGCAUCUCCACCGCGACAAAUACGAGUUCGAUCUUCUAAAGGCGAAGCAAUCCGGUGAUGAAACGCUUGCGUCCCACGCCUUCAUCAAAUAUCUAGAAUGGGAGACACGGACGCAUGGUCCCUUCAGCUUCCACUUUGUCCCCGCCGUCUAUGAGCGUGCUGUGGUUCAUUUCCCUGUGGCCUCUCGCCUUUGGGAAGACUACAUUGGAUUCUUGAUCAAGCACAACAACGGUUCCGUAUCUUUGCUUGAUGUCCUCGAGCGGGCGACGAGGCACUGUCCGUGGUCCGGCUAUCUGUGGUCGCAGCGACUACUCACCCUUGAAAAUGAACACAAGAGCUUUGAAGAGAUCGAGCGCGUUAAGCAUAGCGCCACACAUACUGGGCUUCUAGAGCAUGGCGGCCUCAAGGAGCUGUAUAAGGUUCAAGUGCAGUGGUGCGGCUAUCUCCGACGCAAAGCUUUCGACAACCCGAGUUCCACUGAAGAUGAUGCCGACAUUGCCGAAGUUGGCAUUCGUUCUGCCCUUGAGCUCAUCAAGUCCAUAGGCGCGAAGAAGCUUGGCAGGGAGUGGAAAGGCGACAUGCAGUAUGUCCUCGAACGGAUACACAUCAAGUAUUGGACGCAACGCGGCAACUUAACCGAGGCGCGACACAUAUGGAACUCCCUCGUUCCCCACCUCCAGGAUUCGUACGACUUUUGGGACCGCUACUACAUCUGGGAAAUGGUUCUAUGGUCUAACCACGCGGUUCGUGACAAAACGAAUGAGGGCCAAGAACUAAAGACUCCAGUCCCCGCCACCGCCGUCCUCGAGCGAGCUCUCGAGCGCAUCGCGACGAUCGACCAACCCCGGAAAUUGCUUGAGAUGUACACAAACCAUUGCGAGCUGCAUGAGUCUGCCGCAAAAGUACAGAUGGCGAUUGACCAAGCCCGUGUCGCCGAGUACGCGGUCCAGCAGCGCGAGCAGACAGAGUUGGUCGAGGCCGCUACCUCAGAGCAAGCAAUUCAACAUAACCAGAAUGGAGAGGCCUCCAGUGGUAGCAAGAGGAAGCGGGAUGACACUCCAGAUUCUGAACAGAAGAUUGAGGACUCGACAACAAAGAGGAGUCGGCAGGCAUUGGAUGACGCACCCCGAGAACGCCACCUCACCUCGAUCAUUGCUCGCAACGUCCCAAAAGACGCGACGAAUACUGAGGUCCGUCGGUUUUUUACAGAAUUCGGCGAGGUGCGUAGUCUCGUGGUAAAACCGGCAAACGACAGCGUUACUGCUAUAGUAGAGUUCAUGACACCGGAAGACGUUGAUUAUGCUCUCGACAAAAGUAACGCAAAAGACUUUGACGGCCGGACUAUCACCAUCACCAAAGCUAAGCACACGGUUGUCUUUGUCUACAACUACCCACCCGAAGCUGACGAAACCUGGAUGCGCCAGCUAUUCGAGAAGUAUGGUGAAGUUGUAGACGUCCGCUUUCCAUCUCUAAAGUACAAAUCCCAUCGUAACUUCUGCUAUGUUCAGUACCUCAACACGGACGAUGCCGAGGCCGCAGUGAAAGAUCUACAUGGCACUGAACAUGAUGGCAGGAACCUCGAGGUUAAGAUUUCGACAACCGCUCCUAUCAAGCAACACCUUUCUGCGAUAGCAGAGGGUCGGGUUCUUUUCGUCAAUCAUCUCAGUCCACAGUACAAUGAGCAAGAAUUGGAGGAAGGUAUCAGGAAGAAAUUUCCUCGACCGGACAAGAUUGAGUAUGUUCGAUGGCCGAAGAAGGACAUCAAAGGCAAUCACAAGGGAUUCUGCUUCGUCUGCUAUGACACGAAGGAUAAUGCAGAGUUCGCGUGCGCUCAGCUCGACGGCGAGAAGCUCAAGGGUUAUACUCUUGGUGUCCGCAUCACUGAGCAGCGCGGAAACAAGGGCGGAGAAAUCCCUCCGACAUCCACCGAAGCUCGCACGACUUCUGUCACCAACGAUGACGCCGCGUCUCCAUUCGUCCCAGCUGCAGCUUCCAUCCAACACACAAAGGUCUCUGCCCGCACCAUCGCCAUCCUUAACAUCCCAGACACAGUCACUGAUGCCCGGAUUCACGCCCUCGUCGACCCAUACGAUGUCAAGAAAAUCACCCUUCGACCGCAAAACGGCGGCGCUAUCCUCGAAUUUCACACCGAAGAGGCGAUGGGCAAAGCCAGUCUCGAACUCGACGGUAAAGAGAUCGCUCCGGGCCGUCCGAUUGCAGUCGGCACUGUGGAUCAGCUGUCCCGCGCAAAAGGCGAAUACCGUCCCUCUGGCUUCGUCCCGGCUUCGGUUCGGAAGCGGGGCGGUGGAGGUGCGGGUGCUGGCACGGGUUCGGGUGCAGCGGGCCGAGGUCGGGGCCGUGGCCGGCGCGGCCUGGGCUGGGGCAUGGGCUCCGGGAUAGUGGGUAACAGGGUCGAGAAGUCCUCAGCCCCCACCGCGCCGAAGUCCAAUGCAGACUUCAAAGAGUUGCUUCGUGGGGGCACCGAGAGGGAGAAUGAGGGUAGGUAGUGCAGAGUAGCGAAAUGGGUUAGGGAGUGAGAGAGCCUGGUUUAAGCAGAUAACAGAAGUCUACAAUAAUUCUGAAUACUAAUCUU